CGCGGGGGGAUUAUUGACGGCGCGUGUGAGAGAGGAGAGACAUAAAACGGGAAACUAGACUGCCAUUGUGACAUUACGGGGUUGGAAGGAAAAAAAGGAGAGUGAGGUGACCGCGUGUUGUGGAAGAGCAGUCAAAAAUUUGCUAGUUUUGUCGUUUUUUGGAUUAAAUAAAAAAUUAUUCACACAAUUUUGGGAAUUUUUGCGCGGGGGAUGGUGUGAGACCUUCGGCUGGUAAUGGUUAACGAGGGGGGGUGGAAGGGAGUAUCACUGCACUGACGUGAAAACAUGGGGAGUAGAACGUUAAUAUCUUGGACUGACAAACUGCAAUGAAUUUCCCACCGUUUGGCAGCCACUUUCCUGGUACCAUCCCUAGCAUACAUCAGUUUGCCACGGACGGUUCCAGUGGUGCAACAUCACGAUACAAUCAUUUUCCCAACCAGCCUCCGAUAGGAGUGCCGGUUGUGGGAAAAUACCGUCCUGAGGUUAAUGGUACACAGACGAGCCAGAGUCAGGGGAUGAUGAACAAUAAGAGUGGAUAUCCCAAUAGUAAUUUACAUCAUUAUGCUAAUGCACCGUACUCGCAAGCACAGCCUAUUCAGCAGAGGCCAGCCAAUUCACCUGGGAUGCAGGAGAAACGAGCUUAUCAUCAGGACGUAUGCAACCUCCUGCAGGAAAAAGACAAGAGUAAGGAGAAGAAGACGGAGGACCAGAGAAACGGCGACUCCUCGGGGACGACAAACGGUAGCCAACAAGACUACUCGAUCCAUCAACACCACCAGCAGCACGCGCACACCCAAACGCCAGCAUCGAUGCCAGCAACCUGGCAAUCCCUAGCAACUCCAGGCUCGACAGUGGCCGACUACCUGUCCCAUUUGCCAGCCAGUACACUUCCACUAAGUCUUCACCAUUUUCUGAAGUAUUCGGCCGAGAGUAUAAAGAAAGAAAGCGAAAUGCAGGCGCAAACUACCUCGGUAGCAGUUGCUACAACGACAACACCAAACAUUAUGAUGUCGCCAAAUAACAAGAAGAAGAAAAAAAAGAAGGCACCCAAAGAGAAAAAGCCACGUCCAAAACCUGGUGAAAUUAGACUGACAACAGCACUGGAUGGCUCGACCCUCUACUGCUGCCCCGAGUGUCACAUGGCAUAUCCUGAGCGCGAACUACUCGAGCAGCAUCUCCUGGGGCACACGCUUGAGCGUCGAUUUGUCUGCGACAUUUGUGGUGCUGGGCUUAAACGCAAAGAUCACUUGACACGUCACAAGCAGAGCCAUAAUCCAGAGAGGCCGUAUGUUUGUACAGUUUGUUUAAAGGCGUUCAAGAGAAAGGAGCAAUUGACAUUGCACUUUGUUAUUCAUUCGGGGGAGAAGAGACACGUAUGCACUGAGUGUGGGAAGGGCUUCUAUCGCAAGGACCAUUUGAGGAAACACACUAGGAGUCACAUCGCUAGGAGGGUUAAAGCUGAGCUUAGUCAGAAUGCUGGAGGACAACAGAAUCAGCAGCAGAAUAAUGUAUCCAGCAUGCAGACAACCACAGUAUCAGCCUCGUCUGUUCUCCCUGGUGGGCAUCCCGGUCCCCUCCUGUCCUGAGUGCCACCGCCAGGGAACUUCCAAGUUCCCCAUCCGAACAACGUCAUUCAUUCCCACUCACCGAGUCACCAUCCACUCCAUCAUCAUCAUCAUCUGGCUGCGGUUAAUGCUGCUGCGCAUCAGGCAGCUGUUGGUACAACUCACUAUCAGGGACAUGAGCUCGGUUUCCUCAAUCAUGUCAAAGAUUUCUGAGGGUCACUGUUGGCUUCACUCUCCACUGUCUUCGAUUCUUGACGUAAGAUUUAGGGAAUCACUCUUACUUUAUUUGUUCGAGUUGCGAGGGUUCGGUUUUUCUUCCUUCAUAUAUUUUUUCGAAAAGCAUUUCAGGGAAUCGCAGGUCGAGAACACCUGGAUUUUCAAUUAUUCUCAGUAACCCUUGGGGGUGGUUUUUGAGGAUUAUCGAGGAAAAUGGCUCUGGGUUCACCAGGUGCUUAUGAAAGUACACUUUUAUUUAGCUGAUUCUUCGUUUCACAGGAAGAAUAUUGAAAAUUGACAAAUUUUUAAAUAGUCAUUUUUGCAGAAGACUGCUCUUCUGAAAUUCAUUCCAAAGGAAGAUUUUUUUCUAUUGUCAAUUAUAGUGGAAUGCGACAAAAUUGCGAUAGACCUUCAAUCAGUCUUUCUGCCCACUUCCAUAUCGGUGGCUAUUUCCCUCGGUCAUCCAAAAAUAAUUUUUUCCUUCCAAAGAAGAGUAAAAGUAAAGCUCACAAAAGAUACAAUGGUGAAAGAAAAUAGAAAUAAAUGCCUGUUGCAAGAGUCUUGCCAUAAAUGUCACGUAAAGAAAAGAUAAAUAAUAUUUUUAUGAUAGUUCAGUAAUAGAUCAUCGCAAAACAAUUGUAUUUUUUAGUUUCACGGGAAGUAUAAGACAAACCGAAGGUGAAUUGAGCGAAUAAGUUGCAAUAUCCGAAUGAAAUUCGUCACUCAUUCCUGAUUUUUUUUCAUGUGUAUUAUCCAUAGCAGUAUUUUUAGUAAUGACAGAGUAGUUUCGAACAAAUUAAACUUCUGGCGGCUUUUAUACAUAUAUACAUAAAAAUAUAAAUAAAUAAAUAUUCUAUAAAUACUCAUAUUCGUAUAUAUUUGUAUUGCGCUUGAUGACGAAUGUUGAUUCGUGAUUUUUUCAUUUCAUAUCGCAAAUAUCGUGUAGCAAAAUUUUAGAAAAUUUUAAUGAUGUUUUUCGUUAUAAUUUUGUUUUACUUUCGCUUUAUUUUCUUAUGAUACGACUUUAUUUUUUUAAGUAGAUCUCUUUACUGAAUGUUGAUCACUUUUAUUUUUUUUCAUUACUAGAUGUAUUAAUUUUAAUGGACAAAUCCAUUUUAAGAGUGUUUCACAUUUAUUCGUACAAACAACUCCUCACUAUUUUAGGAAUUUCACCUCAAUGCGUCUGAAAAUAAUUGAUAAAAAAAACCUAGAGCUUUCUCUAAUAAAUUUCGUUGACGAGGCAAUUUUUUUUUGACAAUUCUCCAAGUUUUUUUCUGUGACUUUAUUGAUUUUUCAGCGUUAAAUUCAAGAGCACUGAAAUUUAUCCCCAAUAUUUCUCAGCAAAGAAUAUACUUAAUAUAGGAAAUGGAAUUCUUCACUAGAAUUUUCCAGAGAAAGUCCUAGAAUGGCAUAUUGAUUUUUUGAAUGAUGCUUUGAUAUUAUUUUCCUUUCAACUGAUACACGUCUGGUUGUGAUCGUCCUUAAUUUCAACGUAAUUUGCAUUCGAUAGUCCAUAAUUGAGCAUAAAACAGCUGAAAAUAUUGUGCCAUCACUCAUUAUCCUUUCUCCACGUAUAAUUUCCAAUUAUAACCGGCUCAGCUAUUUCAAAUAGCAGAUAUGAAGCUAUGUACUCGUAGUAUAUUAAAAAAUAGCUGAAAUGGCUGUUCAAGGAGAGAUAAAUUUGUCUUAGACUUAUUUAAGAUGAGAAUUAAUAUUAAUUUCACAUCUGGGCUCUCUCGCAUUAAAAUCAGAGAGAUAAAAAAAAUCAAUGGUAAUUCAGGUUUUCGUCAGACCUCAAAUAUAAAUGCAAAAAAGUAUAAGUCAGAUUGUACUGUGAAGCACGUAAUAUUACUAAAGGGGAAAUAAACAUACAUAAUGUAAAGUUUAUAAAUAAUAAGCGGAUGAGUAUUUGAAAUAAUCAAUCGCCAUCGUACACUAACAAUAAGGUGAAUAAAUUUGUAUACAAGAUUUAAAGGAAAUGAAAAUGUUAGCUUUUACUCAAAAAAAAAUGAUGGAGCAUAAGUAAUGAUUUUUAAAAAUAAGCCAUGAAAGUGAAGAGCGAAUGGUGAAUGAGCAUAAAUUAAGUCGAUUAGCUUUACGAGUGAAUACAAUUUCAAGUAAUACAUUCACAACCGAAAGAAAGAGGAAAGUCCAAUUUUUAUAUUGAUUUUUUAAAUUUGAGGAAUUUCGAAUUUUCCACUCGAUUUCGUUAUUCUUCUUUUCGAUUGAGGGAGAAAAAAAUUGAUUAUCGAAUAUUUUUUGUAUUUUUUCAAGUAGAUAUCGUGCUUAUUAUAUUAAUCGUUCGAAAUGAAGAAUUCCUCGCUAUUGGUGAAUAGAGGCGAAUUAAAUUGCCACUGAUGAGUAAUUGGCGCAUGAAUCGUACUUUAAUUAUUUUAUAGAAAACAAUUGUAUUGAAUUUUUUGAGAAAAAUUACAGCGGCAAUAUCUCCUUACAUCACUUCGAUUCAAGGAAGAGGAAUAAAAAUUGGGCUAGUGUUGUUUAGAUACCCCAAUGCAGCCAAGUUCAUUAUCCCGAAUAAAAACACGGAGUUGACGAACGGAGAGAGAUAUUUUUCUACGCAUUGUCAAGAGAGGAAAAUAAAGUAAUGGAAACACCGUUUAAAUUGUCUGAAUUAUCGAAAAAAAAUGUUUUUUCUCCAAUUUACGUGUGAAAAAAAAAUUACUUAAGAAAAUCUAGUGCAUUUGCCAAGAAAUUUUAUUGAAAUUUCAUUGAAAAUCACCUUCAUUUUCUCUAUACGAAAUUUCUUAAUUACAAUGUAUUUUAAUGUCCAAUUAAGAACUUCGUCUUUAGUAUUUUUUGCCUGAUUUCUUUUUCCACCAUUUUUUUUAAUAAUUGAGAUAAAGAAUCAGUUUUUUCAUGGAAACAUUGACGAGAGUCACUACAAAAUCAAUUAAAAUUCAAUAAUAUUUCUCCGUAAAUUAGGCAAGGCCCAGUUUUUUUUCAAUGUUAAAAAAAUGGGCAUGAAGCAAAAGAGUGUGUGCCCUCCAGCCGUCGUAUAAAAAAAUUCCCAAGGACAUAAAAUAAUUACCCUUAGCAUAGUUAUAAUUUAAAUAAAGAGGAACGCGUGGACGAGGAUUUUCGCCUAAAUAAAUCCAAAAAUUUAUCCAGAAAUCAGUCAGGGCGAGGGAAGUAAACGAGAAAUAAUAAAAUAAUAAUAAAUGGUAAAUAAUAAAAUACGAUUCCUCGACAUAGUACAAAGCAUAAAACAAAGGAAAAAAAUAAUGAUCUUUCCCAAUAGUGUUAUUAAAAUGAAAGAGAAACAAUUAGUAACCAGCCUAUGAGAAAAUAAAGGAAAAAAAUGAUGGGAGUCUUGCCUUGUAUUUCUUAUUUCGUUAGAGCUAGAAUGAUCUCGAAUUCUCCUUUAUUUUUCAUUACAUAAACCACUAAAAUAACGUGCAUCAUCAAAAUAAAUUUCAAUGAUUUAUCGUACGAAAUGUCUAAUUCACUCCAAUCAAAAGAAAAAAAAGUGUAAUAUAGAGUCACAUGUCUAAGGACCCUAGUGUUUUAUUUUUAUAUAGAGAGCACGUGGAGAGCAUCAAAAUUCCAGUGAAAAAUCAUCAUAAAAAAUGAGAAAGAUGAUGCGAAGGAAAACAAAUUGGCAAGAACGAUUUAAAUUUAAUAAUUUUUUUCAUUGCUGCUAUAUGUAAUAAUCCAUACAUGGUAUAUUCGUAUGUAUUCACGUGCAUACUUAUAUAUAUUAUAUUAUAUAUAAAAAGAGAUUGUAAUAAAGUAA